CAUUGUUUCUGUGUUUUAGUGGUUUUGGUUCAAUAACGGUGGUGUCCGACGUUAUAUAUUUUAUUUCAAGUGAGAAUGGUUGAUUUCUAAGAAGAAGAUUCGCUGUUGGUUUGCGUUUUUGGCCAUGCUUGCCAAUUCACCAUUGAAAAUGGUGAGUAUCGGAAACGUCGUCGGAUGCGUAGCGUGUGGGUGCGUGAUUGGGUGAAACGACGGCAAGACCGAGGAUUCUACAAUCAACUUCUUCGAGAGCUCGAAGAUGAGGUGCCGCUGUUAUAUCAGAACUUUCUGCGCAUGAACAUAGACGAUUUUCACACCCUUUUGGAAUUGGUAUCUCCAUUAAUCAAAAAGCAGGAUUCCAAUAUGCGAGAAGUUAUUCUUGCCGGUGAAAGGCUAGCUCUUACAUUGCGCUUUCUUGCAACAGGUGAUAGUUUCAUGUCGUUACAAUAUCUCUUUCGUAUCCCACAAUCAACAAUAUCAACUAUAAUUUCCGAAGUUUGUGACGCAAUACACAAAGCUUUGAAGCCUGAUUUUUUGAAGUUCCCAUCAACUGAAGAAAAUUGGCUGGAAUUAGCUGAUAAUUUCAACAAUAGAUGGAUUUUUUCUCAUUGCAUCGGCGCUAUAGAUGGAAAUCACAUCGUGAUGAAAGCCCCAGUACAUUCAGGAAGUGUUUAUUAUAAUUAUAAAGGUACACAUAGCGUCGUGCUGAUGACAAUCGCUGAUGCACAAUAUCGGUUUACUUAUAUUGAUGUUUGUGCGAACGGACGAAUUUCAGACGGCGGGGUAUUCAACCGUACAUCGUUUUUCACAGCUCUUACUACGGAUAAACUAAGUUUACCUACUCCUAAACCUUUGCUCGGGCGAGAUGAGCCUAUUCCCUAUUUCCUCGUUGGCGAUAAUGCCUUCGCAUUGAGCAACAAUUUAAUGAAGCCAUAUGCACAGAGGAACCUAAAUGGACUCGAACGAAUUUUCAACUUUCGCCUUUCACGCGCACGACGUGUCGUGGAAAAUGCGUUUGGGCUAUUAGCAAGUCGUUUUCGUGUGUUCGAAAAACCAAUUCAACUAAAUCCAGAAAAGGUACGAAAAAUCACAAUUGCUUGCUGCACUCUCCACAACUACCUUAUGAUGCGAAGCAGAAUUUAUUUUAAUCCUACGAUGGUCGAUCGCUGCGACGGCCAAGGAAGUGUCAUUGAAGGUGAUUGGCGUAGAAUUACCAAUAUUAAGAAUAGCUUUUACCCACUCGAAGUACGUCGCACCUUUGUAGGUAAUAGAGGCAAAUAAAUUCGUGAUGAAUUAUCUCAAUAUUUUGUACAUGAAGGGGAAGUUAAUUUUCAAUAUGGUCGUAUAUGAAUAAAUUAUUAAAAUUUUGUGUAAUAAUUGUUUUGUUUAUUAGAUAAAAUUGUUAGAAGGAAAAACAUGACAUAUUAUUUUUAUUUAAUAUUUGUAUUAUUAAUAAUUAGUAUUUAAAAAACAAAAAUGACAAUAAAACUAUCGAUAA